UCACCCAGCCACUGCGAGCGGCGAAGCGGGGUCCUCGCGCCAGGCCAGCUGCCAGGCACCGGGACCAUGCCGCGCAGCCCCACGUCCAGCGAGGACGAGAUGGCCCAGAGCGUGUCCGACUACUCCCUGGGCUCCGAGUCCGACAGCUCCAAGGAGGAGACCAUCUACGACACCAUCCGGGCCACGGCGGGGAAGCCGGGCGGCGCCAGGACGGAGGAGGGCCAGGGCCACAUGCUGGUCAUCCGCAUCCUCAUCCAGGACCUGCAGCAGACGAAGUGCCUUCGCUUCAACCCCGACGCCACGGUGUGGGUGGCGAAGCAGCGGAUCCUGUGCUCGCUGAACCAGAGCCUGAAGGACGUGCUGAACUACGGGCUGUUCCAGCCGGCCAGCAACGGGCGCGACGGCAAGUUCCUGGACGAGGAGCGGCUCCUGCGCGAGUACCCGCAGCCCGCGGGCACGGGCGUGCCUUCCCUGGAGUUUCGGUACAAGAAGCGGGUGUACAAACAGUCCCAUCUGGACGAGAAGCAGCUGGCCAAGCUUCACACCAAGGCCAACCUGCGGAAAUGCAUGGACUACGUUCAGCAUCGCUCGGUGGAGAAGAUCGUGAAGAUGCUGGACCGGGGCCUGGACCCGAAUUUCCACGACCUGGAGACUGGGGAGACGCCCCUGACCUUGGCGGCCCAGCUGGACGACUGGUGGAGCCGGCACACGUGA